AUGAAGCUCAGCUCCUGUGUGGCCUCACGUCCCCUUUGCUUCUUCACAUUUCUGGCAUUUGUGGUGCUCGUUAUCCCGGUCGGGCUGGUACCGUUCUGGCGAGGUAUCAUGAGCCGUAUCGAGAGAGAAGUGGAUUCGGACUCUGCUAGGCUCAAAUCUCUGUUGAUAUCGGAGAUUGAGCAGACUGCAAAACUGAUGAUUCCCCUUAAUUUUACGGCCACGAAUUUAGCUAGAGUUUGCAAUUCGUCUCUCAACGGGCCUGAAGUUUCAUUUGCCGACAUUGAAAGCAAGGUGGCUCCAUUGAUGUUUCAAACAUUAUCAGUGGUUCCAUUUGUCUCGGAGAUUUCAUACAUUGGAUUAGGUGGCUUGUUCUUCUCCUAUUACCUCGAUGGAAACAGAGUGGUCUCACUUUAUGCCAAUUCCUCAAGUCCUUCCAAUUCGAGUUCGUACAAUUGGUAUAAGCAGCUCGUGGACCCCGAUACAGGAAAUCUCUAUGGAAUUGCCUUUCCUUACCAUCCAUUGGUCCAUACAGAUAAUUCUGGCUGGUUUCGUAAAGCCGUCAACAGCUCGAGCGGGUAUUUUGCAUCUUUAGAAGCUGGGUGGAACAGUGAUCAGGAUCUUGUCCUGACAAACACAGCCCGCCUCGGGAUUGGAGGCAUAAUUUCGGUUGGGGUUCCAGUGAAUUCUCUGAAAGGGAUGUUCUUGAGCAUGAAUCUUGAGGGUGCGAGCUUGUACUUGAUCAGUCAAGAUGGGAGACUUCUUCUCCAAGGCCUCCCGAAUACUCAACCAUCUCUUGUUGGCGAUGGAUCAGUCUCCUUUGAGGUGAAGAGUGGACAAGGUGAGAUGGUUCAGCUCGUGAAUCUGACAUGCGAUUAUUCCAGCGGUGGUGAUGACAAGUUAAGGGAUGCCAGAAUCACCUACUUGAGCACGACGUAUGUGCUCUAUUGUUCACACAUUAAAAUUCUGGGAAUAGAAUCGGUAUACAUACUGGCUGUUCCAGACGACUCUCUGACGAGCACCAUCCGUGGGAAAAGCAAGCUUGUGCUCAUAUUGUUCGUAACGCUAAUUGUUGCUCUGCUUGUAGCUGUACUAAGCUUUGUAUGCAUAAUUGCGGGAUCCACGAGGAGAGAGAUGCACUUGUGUGCAAGGCUCAUUGAGCAUAUGGAGGCGACCCAACAGGCUGAGAGGAAGAGUAUGAGAAAGAGCAAAGCCUUUGUCGAAGCAAGCCAUAACAUUCGGACUUCCCUCGCUUGCAUAACCACCCUCAUCGAGAAUUCCUAUCAUGAGGCUGCUACAAUGCCUGAGCUCGUAAUGAACUUGCAGCAAAUGGAUAAAUGUGCAAACGAGCUGUUAGGUAUAUUGAAUUCCAUUCUUGACACGAGCAAGAUCGAGGCGGGGGAGAUGCAGCUUGAGGAGGAAGACUUCAAUUUGGCCCAACUUCUUGAGGAUUCGGUUGAUAUGUUCCAUCCUUUUGCCAUGAAUAAGGAUGUAGACUUGGUCUUGGACUUCUUUGAUGGCUCGGUUCUUGAGCACUCGUUCGUAAGGGGUGACAAGAGAAAGCUCAAGCAGAUCCUGAGUAACCUGUUGCACAACGCGGUGAAAUUCACGCCCAAGGGGCAUAUAACAGUUCGGGUGUGGGCCCAGAAAAUGAGCUUGGAGAAUGUCAUAAUAGCGGAUAAUCAGAAGGGGUGGCGGAAGAAUUUGUCAGGCUUGUUCUUUGGGAAGGAUGUGGCAAAUCAGGAUGUUCAGGAGGUAGUCGCAUUCCAGAGGAACCCAAAUUCCAUGGAGUUUGUGUUCGAGGUGAAUGAUACAGGGAAAGGGAUACCGAAAGAGAAACGUAAGUCGGUGUUUGAGGACUAUAAUCAGAUAAAGGAUGCAUCUGAGGGACAAGGAGGCACCGGUCUUGGCCUUGGGAGCGUCCAGUCUUUCGUACGUCUAAUGGGUGGCGAUAUAAAGAUCGUAGACAAGGAUAUUGGCGAGAAAGGGACAUGCUUCCGCUUUAAUGUUGUUCUAACCGUGCUGGGUAACAUCAGUGCUUCACCUGACAAGUCGAUGAAAGGGGAAGACAUUGAACUAGGUCCCCAGAGAGAAAUUAAUCCAUGGCCAUGCCUGACAAUCCGAACCCCGAGUCCUAGCCGAAGCUUGAGCAUGCGGGGGAGUCCAAAGCAGAACAGCAGCCCGAGACCAGUGGGAUCAUCAGGUGUAGUCUUGUUGAUGGGGGAUGAGGAGCGUAGGAGAGUAUGUCGGAGCUUCUUCGAGAGGUUUGGGAUAAGGGUCUGGGAAGCGAGGGAGUGGACUGACCUUCCGUUUCUCCUGAGGACGGCUCAGCAAAAGCUGAACCUCUCUCACCACAGCUCGUCGGGCAGAUCGGAUGUUAGUCAUCAGAAGAGUGAGAGCCUGAGCAGGUCUGCCUCAAAGAACUCAAGCAAAGGAUCAAGCCCGAGUCUGCCGGUUCACAGUCGCAGUGGAUUCUUACUGCUGGUAAUUGAUAUGAGUUUCGGGCCGAUCCAGGAAUUGAUUAGGUUUGUACGGGCAUUCAGGAAAGGGAUCCAUAGUAGUGCCACCAGCUGCAAGGUAGUCUGGCUUGAUAAGCCACGUGCUAACUACAGGAUUGUCCUGGAGAAGGAGGGUAAGCUCGACCGCUGGGACAAUAUUAUUGUCUCAAGGCCCUUCCACGGGAGCCGCUUGAUUGAGGCGAUCAGGCUAUUGCCCGAGUUUGGGGGAUCAUCGGUGGUGAGGAAUCAGAGCCUGAAGAUGAAGAGUAGGAAACUGGGCCUCACAGUAGGGGAAGUUGACUAUAGUACCAGUUCGAUAAGAGAAGUCAGGGGGGCCGCUCCAGGAGCAUCCAAGCCGCUGAGUGGGAAAAGGGCAUUGGUAGUGGAGGACCAGCUAGUGCUACAAAAGGCCGCAAAGGCAUUGGUUAUGAAUCUUGGGGCAAGUGUAGAGGUCUGUGGGAAUGGGGAAGAGGCGGUGUUGAUCGUAUCGGGCAGGCUUGGUGAGCAGAAGGGGCUUGGGGAUGGAGCCUCUUCUUCUGCCGUGCUGACUUAUGAUUUCAUCCUCAUGGACUGUCAGUUGCCGAGAAUAAAUGGUUACGAAGCAACUCGAAGAAUCAGGGAGGAGGAGAAGCGGUACAAUGUUCGAAUCCCGAUCAUUGCAUUGACUGCUCAUUCUGGGGGCCCAGAGGUAAAGAUGACUUCAGAUGCCGGGAUGGACUCGUACCUCCAAAAGCCUCUCACGAGAGACAGCCUCAUGGAAAUCCUCUGUAAAUUGAACAUUGCAUGA